AUGGCUCUAUCUGCUUCCUUCACUCCCACACCUCUCACCAUCACCACUUUCCUCCUCCUCCUCCUCCUCUUUCCCACCUCAUAUUGUUAUGAGGUGAAUAUAUAUUGGGACAGCUCGUCGGUGCCGGAAUCCGACGUGAAUCUUUUGGAAUUCCCACUGAACUUAGAGUUUCUGGAGGCGGAAUUCUUCUUGUAUGGCUCUUUCGGGUAUGGCUUGGAUAAAUUUGCCCCCAAUCUAAGCAGAGGAGGCCCACCACCUAUUGGUGCCAGACGGGCAAAACUGGACACUUUUACCCGCGAUGUUAUCAAGCAAUUUGCUUUGCAAGAAGUUGGCCAUUUGAGAGCGAUUCAAAGGGCAGUAAAAGGAUUCCCGAGGCCAUUGUUAGAUUUAAGCGCAGCGUCGUUUGCAAAAGUGGUGGAUAGUGCAUUUGGGAGACCAUUAAAGCCACCAUUUGACCCUUACGCCACCUCCCUCAACUUCCUCCUCGCAUCCUACCUUAUUCCUUAUGUUGGCCUCACUGGCUAUGUCGGAGCAAAUCCUAAACUUCAAGGUGAUUCUUCCAAAAGGCUUGUUGCAGGCCUUUUAGGCGUGGAAGCAGGGCAAGAUGCGGUAAUUCGAGCAUUACUAUACGAGCGUGCGGCGGUGAAGGUGCAGCCGUAUGGAAUAACGGUGGCGGAGUUUACAAAUCGAUUAUCAGAGCUAAGGAAUAAGCUUGGGCGUGCUGGGUUCAAAGAUGAAGGCCUUGUGGUUCCUCCGGUGAAGGGUGCCGAGGGACGGAUUGUGGGCAACGUCCUCGCCGGAGACAGAGACUCAAUCUCGUACGGCAGGACGCCGGAGGAGAUUCUGAGGAUCGUGUACGGGGGAGGUGACGAGCAUGUACCCGGGGGUUUCUAUCCAAAAGGUGCCAACGGUCGUAUUGCCAGAUCUCACUUGAAUGCUGCUUGAAGCUUUGGUGGGACUUUUUAGUUGUGUGUGUUUAACCCUGUACGUACGUGUGCAUGCCCUCUGCAAUAUU